AUGGAUUGCUUAGUGGAAUUUUGUGAGACUGUUACUGCGGUCCGCGCUGAAGUGAUUCAGUCAGUUGCAGACAUUCAAGAUGACGAAAUCCCAAAUGAUUUUGUAGAAGCUCUUGAUCGAAGUCCCAAAGAUUUGAUCCUGAUGGGACUGCGCGAUGUUGCUGCAGAUUGUCGAUUAACAGCUGUAUUUGCGCUUCAUGUCGUAACACCUUCGCACACUGACUAUCUUAUUGAGCUUGCUUCUUCCGAUUCGAAC